CAAAUAUAGACACCGACUUUAUGUCAAGAUAAAACCGAUACUUGAAUUUGAACGUUUGCGGAAUAUGCAUUACGAUAUAUGAUUGCAUUUUGUUCAGGAAAUAAGACAAAAUAAGAUAGCCAUGAUAGAAUUUGUUCUUUUCGGAUUAUUUGCCGCAUUACUAAUAGCGUUCGUAAUGAGGAGAAAAGAUGUUCGGGAGGGAACACAAAUUCCCGGACCAAAAGGAUUGCCUAUUGUAGGAAAUAUCACCGAGGUUAAUACAGAAAAUAUGCAUGUUAAGUGCUUCGAAUAUGCUGGCAAGUUUGGCGACAUUUUCCAAGUGAAAUUACUGAAUCAGAGACUUAUCGUCUUAAAUUCGGAGUCAUUAACCCGACUGGCCGGCUCAACAGAUCGUUACAAACAAUUUAUGAAUGACAAACCAGGAAGUUUCUACGGAGACAUGUUUUUCUAUGACUCUCAAUGUACUGUGUUAUGUAAACAUGGGUUUAGUGCCGAGCACAAUGGUUACAGAAAAGGAUUUACAAAGGCUACAAAAGACAUUAUCAUUGGAUGCGUAUCUCUUAUAGCAAAGAUUGAGUCCGCUAAAAACCUAGAUUUUGAGAUAGUUUCUGAGAUAAAGAUGUCACUGGCAGACACAUUGUCAUCCUUGUUGAUUGGCAAGCAGUUUAAGGGAGAUGAUCCAAACAGAAAGUUGAUAGGGGAGUUUUCCGAUAUUACGGAUUUCUUUUUGCAACCAAGUGUAAACGAUGCUUUACAAAUGUUUCCGUUCUUGCGUCACCUUCCGGGAUCGUAUGGAAAGCAAUAUAAGCGUGCUACGAAAGCAAUCGAAGCAAUAAUUGAUGUUUAUUUCCAUCAACAAAAGGAAAGUUAUGAUCCUGAAAAGGUGAGAGGUACAGUCGACCAUACAUUAAAAGAUCAACUAAAGGAGAUAGAAAUGGGCAAGGAACCGUUCUUUACAGACGAAAGAAUUAUCUCCCAGAUACUGGAAAUAAUGAGCACUGGUAUGUUGACAACGUGGGCUUUCUUAUCGAAUGCUUUGCUAUGUCUGUUGAACCAUCCGGAAUGCCAAGAGAGGAUGUUUCUUGAGCUGGCCAAGGUUAUAGGUCGCGCAAGGGAAUUGGACGUGAAGGACGUGUCAGAUUGUCCGUAUGUUGAAGCUGUAGAGCUUGAAGUGCAUCGAUAUGUACCUGUAGUAAACUUCCUCGAUGCUAAACAUUGCAACGCAGACUUGGUGUUUGAAGGGUAUGACAUACCGAAAGGCAGUAUGGUUCAUGCAAAUGUAUGGUAUAUCCACCAUAAUGAAAAGAUAUGGGGCGACCCCUGGAACUUCCGACCAGAAAGAUGGCUUGGUGAACAAGGAAAUCUUGUGCCUAAAGAUCAUACCUUCAGAAAAAACUGGUUCCCGUUCGGUUACGGUCGACGACAGUGUGUAGGGGAACAGUUCGCACGGUCCACGUCGUUUUUGUACCUGGCGUCGAUAUUUAGACGUUGGAAAUUGGUGUCCUCUCCCGGUCAGUCAGUAUCAUGUGAUCCGAGAGACAAACACAAUUAUGAUUCUUUAGCUACAAUACGACCGAAACCUUUCUUCGCUCGUUUUGAGGAAAGAUACUGACUCGAAGUUAUUGACAUUUCAAAUGAUUUAUAGAAAAAAGAAACAUAUCUUAGAAAUGUACCCUUAUAGAAAAUUGUUAUGUUCUUUAGACUGCAAUGUGCAUAUAAGUUUUGAGAAAAAAAAUCCGAAGGGAUGACAAUUCCC